AUGCAGGUUAGGUCGGGUGUAGUUGUGGGGCCGAGUGAAGACCUGCUACUGCUACUGACGAGCCGAGAGCGCCUCGCUGGCGCAUCCUAUCGAGGGGCACUCGAGCAUAUACUCUUUAUGCCCAUCAUUUCUAUCCUUUUCCUCUCGUAUUCCUUUCUCUUUCGGCCUCCAGCAUGGCUUCAGGUGCCUAACUGCUUGACUGUGUCUGCAGUUUGCACCAAUCCUGCCUCAGAAAUGUCUAUUUGGCUGCCACCUGCAUUCCUUUUUACCAACUUGGCACAAUCCAUUAAGAGUGGGAUACACAUUCGUCGGUGCACACGUCAAGUCGACAUGCGAUGUGGGGCAGACAUCGAGACCCCGACGUCGAUGGCGACAUGUUGCCAAGGCAUUGAGCAUAGCCAUUUGUCUCUUUUAGGCGAUGCGUCCGGAUUCCGAGUCGACACCCACCGGCCAGUCGACAAGUGCCUGCAUCUCGCCGAGCGGGAUUCGAGCUCAAGUCCGGCCGGAGUCGCGGAGCGCACCGUCCAAAUUGAUUCGGUCAGGCCGGCUCAGCCUGUCCAUGCAAGAGGGCAUUGA